GAAGUCAUUUAAAGCUCCAAAUCAGUACAAUGUGUAUCAACAUGUAGGACAUAUACCUUCAAUAUAAACAUUUAUUUCUCCACAAACUUCCUCAAGAUAAAAGCUGCAAGACCAGCUCAGCCCCUCCCUGUGCCGAGGAAUGUGAGACGCCCUUUAGAUUUUCCUUGUCGGAGACUUUUUACUUUCAUUUCUCUCUUCUGCUGUCAGCGAUGGCGUCUGCUGAUCUGAGACAGGAGCUGGACUGUUCCAUCUGUCUGACCACAUAUACAGAUCCUGUAAACCUGAGAUGUGGUCACAACUUCUGCCGGGUCUGUAUUGAUCGUGUGUUGGAUACACAGGGGGGGUCUGGAGGUUAUUCCUGUCCUGAGUGCAGAGAAGAGUUCCGGGAUCGGCCUGUACUGCAGAGGAACAUAACACUACGUAACAUAGUGGAGACUUUCCGAUCUACUCAGCUGGAAGAAGGGAAGACUGGAAUCUUCUGUACUUAUUGCUAUCACUCUCCCGUACCUGCUGUCAAAUCCUGUCUGAUGUGUGAAGCUUCUCUGUGUGAUAAUCACCUGAGAGUCCACAGCAAGUCACCAGAACAUGUCCUAACUGAUCCCACCACUUCCAUGGAGGACAGAAAAUGCUCCAUCCAUAGAGAACUUCUUGAAUAUUACUGCACUGAGGACUCUGCCUGUAUCUGUGUGUCCUGCAGGCGGGAUAGAGAACAUCGUGGACACAAGGUGGAGACUCUGGAUGAGGCCUCUGAGAAUAAAAAACAGGAACUGAGAAAUGUUCUGCAGAAACUGAUGACUGAGAGAGAGGAGACGGAGAAAAGAGUCCAGAGUCUGCAGGAUCGCAGGAGAAAAGUACAAGAAAAAUCAGAGAGAGUCACUGCCCUGUUCAUAGAGCUCAGGAGACAUCUGGAGGACCUGGAGAAGAGAGUGCGGAGGAACAUCUCCAGCCAGGAAGAGCGGAUCUCAUUGUCUGAUCUGAUCCAUCAGCUGGAAAUAAAGAAGAAUGAUCUGUCCAGGAAGAUGGAGGACAUUGAGAAGCUGUGUAACAUGACUGACCCACUGACUGUCCUACAGGAAUCGGACACAGGGGACUUGUGUGAUACUGAGGAGGGAGAUAAUGAGGACAGAGAGAGACAUGAUAGACUCCUCCAUGAUGGAGGGGAUCUGGAUGUGUCUGGAAUCUCACACACAUUACACACAGGGUUAUCUGAUAUGAUAAAAGAGGUAAAUGUAUUCUUCUAUAUACAGGAAGCUUCAGACAUAUUAAUGGAUGUGAACACAGCUCAUAAUAAUCUACAGAUAUCAGAUGACAUGAAAACUGUAUUCUGGUCAGAUAUAGAGCAGAAUCGUCCAGAAACACCGGAGAGAUUUCAGUGGUGGUCCCAGGUAUUAAGCAGUCAGAGAUUUUCCUCGGGGCGAAAUUACUGGGAAGUGGAUGUCAGAGAGUCAGAAUAUUACAGAGUCGGGAUGUGUUAUCCCAGUAUAGAGAGGAGAGGAUGGCAGUCAGGGAUUGGAAAUAAUAACAAGUCCUGGGGUUUGCGCAGGUAUACAGGUGAGUGUUAUCUAAUACAUGACAAUGAAGAGAUCAGCUUAUCUCCCAAUCUCUCCAGUAACAGAGUCAGGAUCUAUGUGGAUUAUGAGGCCGGGCAGAUAUCUUUUUAUGAUCUGUGUGACCCGAUCAGACACCUCCACACCUUCACCACCACCUUCACUGAGCCCCUCCAUGUUGGGUUAGCUGUAGGAAAAGGUUCUAUAACAAUAUCUGGGGGUGAGGGGCGACGUGAGAAAUAAUAAUAUAACAGAAAAUCUGCCCAAAUCUGCUGACAUGACAGAAAUAUAAAUCUGAUGAUAUUUAACCAACAGAAUAAUGCAGUAGAUUCAUAUUCCAGAUGUCAUAAAUCUAAAGGUUCCCAACACAACCAAUCACAGCAUUGAGAAAUCUCAGCACAGGGAAGUGUGAUUUGUUCUCUUAUAGUGACAAUAAUAAGAUUUGGGGUUUUCAGGGGUUCAUUAAGUGUUAGUGGUUAUGGUAAGACUAGGAGAUAUUAUCAUUGAUUAUGAUUUGAAUGAUUAUUCAAAAUGAUCAGAAAAUGUAAUAUACACUAUUGCAGCUUGCCAAUAUUUAGAUGUGCUGACUGCAUUGGUUUUCUUUUUGCAGCCAUUUGUUUUUUUUUCUAUUUUUACCUAGAGAUCCUGCCAGUAACACACUUCCUGUCCUGGGGUGACACCACUCACUCAUAGUACUGCACACUGUAGAUUUUUAGGUACUGUCGUUUUUUGGCGCCGU